AUGGCAGAAGACGAGCUUCAGGCGUUCAGAGAGCAUUGGAAGCAAGAACUGACGAAUAAAAACGAGGCAUUUUCGAACUGUAACGUUACUGGUCAACCAAGUCGAGAAGACACUAAAUUAAAACGAUAUUUUGAAGAUUUUGGUCAGAACAGAAGUGAACCAGAAAAAAGACAGGAUUCAACAUCACAGGGGAGCAGUAAGGGAGGACAGGAUGCAGUUUUGUCUGCAGCAAAAACUCCAAAGGAGGACCAACCCGAGUAUGUGUCGAUAGCUGAGGGCUUGCUGGAUGGAAGGACCAGUCCCUUGUUGGAGAGGAUUCAGGAGGAGAGGACUCAAAGGAAGAGACAAUACCACAGUCUGACAAACGCCUGUAACACCUCCGCCCAACAACAACCUCAGAGGAAAAUAAACAAGGGGGACAAAUUAGUGGAUCAAUUCAUUCAAGACCUGGUAAGAUGAUGAUGGUGAUGAUGCUAGUCUUUGUGAGGUAGCCUACCACUAGACAUUGUGUGGAUUUCGAUUUCAGUGGUAUUUUGCUAUUUUUGCAGAAUGAGACAAAUGACAUUCCCUUCUUUGACAUUGAGUUGCCCUACGAGUUAGCCCUGAAGAUCUUCCAGUACCUCAGUCGGACAGAGCUGGGGCGAUGUGCUCAGGUAAACUAUGAUUAUCAAUCACAUAAAACUCAUAGAUGACUCUGUUGUCACUUGAAACAUAGGUCUGAAUAUUGACCUUACACUGUUUAGUUUAACCUACUCUGAUGUACAGUACAUGAUGAUCAAUGAGUAUUAAUUAUAGCCUCUCCGAUACUUCCACAGGUGAGCAAGGCGUGGGGGGUCCUGGCGGAGGAUGAGGUGCUAUGGUUUAGGAUGUGUCUGAAAGAGGGUUAUCACCACGGUGCCUCUGUCUCUGACUCCCCCUGCUGGAAGAGCACAUUACGAGACUGCAGGAACUCUGAGAACACUGUGCGCUCCAACUGGAAGGUAGGGGUUCAGUUAGAUAGGUGUGUGUGUUAACUAAAUGCAUUUCUGAGAUGACACUUUGGCAACACUUCACCUGAAGUUGCUCUUAUACCCAUCUGACUGUACAGUAUUAACUGUAGCAACAACAUUGUAAUUACAUAGGGACGUCUAGAAACUAAACGUUUUGUGUGUCUCUUCCUACUCCUAGAAUCGUGUUGGAUCAGUCAGCCAACUGCAGUACGAGCUGGGGAAAGUAUUGUGUGAUGUCAGUUCCUGUGACAGCUAUGUUGUUGCUGGGUAAUAUAUAAUAUAACCUGUUUUUAUUAGGGAUGGGCACGUUUAAUCGAAUAUCCAGAUAUCCAAACAGACGUUAGUAUUCCAACACUUUUUGAAUGCUUAUUUUAACAAUGAAAAAGCUUGAUCUGAAUUUAAAUUGUCCAGGUUACAUUGUUACACACAAGGAUAUAUCAUGACAUUUGAAAUGCCUAAUUUAAUAAAACAACAAACUUUAGAAUGUAGUGUUUAUGUAUGGCACAUUAAGCUACUGCUGCUUCAGCCAUCACGUGGCUUUGAUAGAACAUUAUUUACAGUUUCACACUGUAAAUGUAGCUUACAGUUCUGAGGACGUACAGCGUGAUUGUUUUCUUUUCAAGCUAAUUUUCUCUCUCAUGCGCUAUGGGUUAUGGGUUGUGUUUUAUAAUGAAGGGCAUUUUACUAUCAUAGUGCAUUUAGCCCUCCGGCCAGCCCUGACAACGGUAUGGUAUUUUCCCCACUUGAAAUAACGAUUAGCCUACAGGCGCGCACCAAUGCAGGGCCCACAAGACCUGACACAGAUGCAAAAUACUCACCAGAAAGCUUUUAUUUUAUUUAUUUUUUCAGAAUCAGUUCAACAUCAGACUUGUCUUCCACUGUUGCUAUUAGCCUAGUCUACUGUUAGCCAAAAACUACCGAUAUAGUACCCUGAAAACAACUGCACACUGUCUGCUGUUGUGGCAUGUUGCAUCAUUCUUAUUGGUCAAGAGAGUAGAGCAAAAAUAGUUUUUGUUGUUGGAACUUAGACUAUCUGGAUUCCGGAAAAAACAAACAUGAUAUUAAUUUAAUAGUGAAAUCAUUUAAAAUGCCCGUCCCUAGUUUUUAGUGUCAGGAGGGGCAAGCAGCUGUGGUGAUCAGUACGUUUUCAGCCCCAUAAAGGUAGAUCGAUAGAAAUUGUGCUGCUGUACUGACUUUGUACUAAAAGAGAUGCACCAUUUGUCUUUUUUUCUCAAACUCUUUUAAUUCAAUCUGUUGUGGAUUUUUUUAUUUUAAUGUCCUGGUGUGGAUUCUCACUGUUUUAUGAAGUAAGCUACUUAAACUGACUGGGCCCAUUGUAUGGAGGAUGAUUGCGUGACUUGAGUACUCAGCAGCUGAAAUGAAUCUGGUAAACGUUGUAUCAGGAGGCUGGGGCCCAGGGGAUGGUCUGAUUUAAAUUCUCCCCUGGCCCCGAUGAACUCUGAGGCUGUGUCCCAAAUGGCUUCCUAUUCCCUACAUAGAUAUCGCACUGCUUUUGACCAGAGCCCCUAUCGGCCCUGGUCAAAAGUAGUGAUCUAUAUAUAUAUAUAUAUUUUUUUUUAAGAAUAGGGUGCCGUUUGGGACUCAGCCUCAGAGUACACAGACAAUAGAGGCAGAGGGCUGCCUGCUGCUGCAAAUUCUUUCUACCUAAAUCUAUUCCCACCUAGAGAUUUGGAUCACAGAUUUUCUAAGAUACUCAUUGUAGAGUUUAGCAUCACUUUGAAAUUGGGAUCCUUGUUUAACCAGGGUUGCGUUUUAGUGGACAUUUUGUAAUGACACAUAAUGUAAUAUUUCUCUCAUUUUUAUACAGUAUCUUGUAGAUGCAUUGAUGAAGCAGAACUGUAGGUUGUUAUCUUGCUUGUAAUUGAUAUGUCAGAAGUUUCCAGAGAUUAUUUGGGUGAGGAAAAGUGCCAGCUGAGACCUUCAUUUCUCCUGUUGAUUCUUGGCUGAAAGAUUAUACACUAAUUAUGUAGAGUGUGCGCCUGUUGUUAUCUAGUGUUUUAGCCCCCUUUCCCCCUCUCUAUCUGUCUCUCUGUCUCUUGUUUCCUCAUGUUGGGAUACGGAUGCUGAGUGGAGUAGGUGGUACAGUAGCUAGCCGAUGUGGUUUAAGUUAAUGAGGGGGAUGGAAGCUAGCUAUCGUACCGUGUUAUUUGUGCCACAGUGUUGUUAGUAGCUAGAUAGCUGAAAGGGUUUAUCCGGCAGCCCUUUGGUGCCACUCUCUGUGGUUGUCAGUCUGCAGCUCUCUCCAGCUGCCCAGCUCAGCACGAGUCCUGAACCACAUCCUGGCUCCAGCACCAGAGAGGGCCACUGUCUGUCUGAGGGAGCCCAGGGCAGCUGGUGCUGGGGUAUAUGGCUGGGCCUGGGGUGGCGUGUCUCAGUGGCUCGUCCCAGGCCGGCUGUGAAGGACUCAGCUGCCACCAUACCCACCCCCUGGAAAGGCUGUGUUAUCUCUGCCAUGCCUCCAAUUGACUGAGACUCACAGAUACUCACAACACAUUUGAACCACAUCACCACCCACCCAUUUACAGUCACACAGACAUCUACUCAUAUUCACAUAAUAAUGCACGGAUGGUUACCAUGGUUCACAGUUAACAUAUCGAAUAGGAAAAAUUAAGACGCAUCCUCAUGCUUCUUAGGUUGCGUUUAGACAGGCAGCCCAGUUCUGAUAUUUUUUCCACUAAUUAGUAUUUUGACCAAUUACAUCAGAUAUUUUAACAUCCAAUAUAUUUCAGAAAACCAAUUAGUGAAAAAAAAGAUCAGAAUUGGGCUGCUUGUCUAAACACAGCCUUAGACAUGCUGGUCAUUUCAAAAUUAAAUGUAGCGUCCCUUACAUAGUUUUUUGUCCCCUCAGGUACACAUCAGGGGACGUGAGACUGUGGGACACCCUCCACUGGGACUCUGCAGCCUCCUUCCUGAAGCCCAGCCCCCUGACGGCAGACGUCACCCCCAGACCUCACGUCAGUCACGUCCGGGUCAACAACACUGUGGCUGUGGCUGCCUACGACGAUGGUGAGUGAGGGUCCUCAACUCUGCAGUCAACUUUGCGGCUAUUCCACUGGCUAGCCUUCCAGUUUAGGGCAGUGAAAAGGAGCGCCACCUGUUGGUCGUGGUCUUCGAAAGAAGUGCCGGCUUUGAUAGGUAUAAUAACCCUGGUGCCUCUGUUAGAAGGCAUGAUAAUGACCGGCAGGAGGCAGAUAUACAGUUCACACUUUAUUACCAAGUUCCACUAAGGUGUAUGGACACAUGGAUGGCCACACUGAGAAGUCUUUGGAUACAGGUUAACUGUCUAUUCUGCUCCUGUGUAGGAUGUGUGGAUGUGUGGAGCACAGAGACGGGACAGGAGCCCGUCCACCACUUCCAGAUCCCUGGGAGGGUCCACGCCCUGGCUCUGAGCCUGGAGAGCCUCACCUUGGCUACUGCUGCUGGGCUAGACAUCCGGCUGGACCAGCCUGAUGACAGGGGCUACUGGAGGACCCUCUGCCAGGCUACGCUGCCCAAACCUGUGAGUCUACCUCGCUCUCUUUCUGUCUUUCUGUCUCUCUGUCUGUCUCUCUGAUUUGUCUGGAAAAGCACCAUCAGCUUCAUCAUUUUAAUGAGGAUUAUGAUAGAAUUCCCUGUAGCAAUGAUAGGGUGUCUACAUUGAUCUAGUGUGCUGUUGUGAUUUCAAUUCCAACCCUCUGUCACAGUCAAUCCAUUAUACCAUUAACAGUGCAAUUGGACUUUUCAUAUGGGAGCUACUUUAGACGUCUCACUCCUUGUGACAGUAGUCAGCAGGCUGAAUACAUUUGUUAUAACUUGUUCUAACAGAGGCUCUGGUCCCAGGUGGAGUCUAUGGUGGUGGUGCCAGGGGCCGUGGGGCGAGGAGGGGACAGUGGCCCCCUGGUGGCCCUGUCUGCUGGGGAUACGGUGUACCUGCUGGCCCCUGAGGACUUGGAGCCCCGGGUGCUCCACACCGUCUACGGCCACCCCAUCACCUGUCUGGAUGCCUCGGCCUCUCACGCUGCCCUGGGGGUCAAGAGCUGUGGCUGGGCAAUGAACGAUGGAGGCAACAAGGUGGGUGCAUCAACAGUGUACUAAAACAGUCUUUUUACAUGGUCCUAUUGAUCAGGGCACAACUUUGCAAAUAAAGAUAAGGUAGACAGACCCCUUUAGUUCCAGGCUGUUUUCCACAAAUCUUCUUUUGAUGCCUAAUGAGUCAACCCAGCUGUGACUUUUGUUCCACUGUCCCUGGAGUUGGGAACAUGGUUAUAUUGAGGUAGGUAUGCCAAAGCAAUGCGCAAAGCCAAUACUGAAGCCCACACCAUUAUGUUUCUGAGCACUCAACACAUUUGGACGGCUACAAAUUGGCCAACCUUGAAUUAGGCUUUUACUGAUGUUACUAUAGGGUUGAAUUUAAGCCCGAAAUGAAUUGCAACCCUAUUAUGUCACCUGAAACCUGCAUCUCUCUGAGUCUGAGUAACAAUGCACCAAUCUGAGUGUAUUUAGAGUCUCUGGAACCCCAAUGGGGUGGUGCACCCCAGCUUGGGGAUCCUGGGACAGAAAUGGGUCCACCCGCUGGGGAUUGUGGGCAUAGAAAUAGCUGAACUAGUCCUACUGGGUAUUGUUCCUAAUUACUGUAUUAUUUACUCUCUUAACGCACAAACUCACUCACACACACAUACACACACAUACUAAACAAGUUUAGUCUCUUGUUCCCAAAGAAGCUGCUGUUUGCAUCUAUUAAUAUCUUGUAUCUUAGGACUCUGCUCCUAACUGAGGCUCGUGCCUUUACUUAUCCCUCUGCAGAUUACAUACCCAGGAGACAAAAGUUGCUCAGGGAUCAGGUUUGGGCAUCAUAAGUAAAUUGUCAUGCUUUUCAGUGUAUUUCAAGACAAAUCUUUGCAAGGAGAUGUUUUUUUUCCUGUGUUUUGUGACAAAAGGAAUAUCUCACUGUUUCAAAACCCCACUUACUUAAAAACCUCAGUCUGUCUCUCUCCUCUAAAAGUUGUAUGUUUUGUUUAGGCACCUAUACUGGUACUUAAGUAAUUAGUCAAGUGACUAGGGACCGGUCCCAAAUGGAGCCUCUCUCUGUUGGUUAGACAGGUCUUUGGCAGACUCUCCCCCUGACAUCAUUACAAUGUUCUCAUUGCUGAUGAUGUUAUAUUAGCCUUACCGCAGCACAUAGUCAAAUUCAAAUUCAAUCAAAUUUGAUUUAUAAAGCCAUUUUUACAUCAGCAGAUGUCACAAAGUGCUAUACAGAAACCCAGCCUAAAACCUCAAACAGCAAGCAAUGCAGAUGUAGAAGCACGGUGGCUAGGAAAAACUCCAUAGGAAGAAACCUAGAGAGGAACCAGGCUCUGAGGGGUGGCCAGUCCCAUUCUGGCUGUGCCGGGUGGAGAUUAUGACAGGACAUGGCCAUUAAGGCCAGAUUUUUCUCCAAGAAGUUCAAACGUUCAUAGAUUACCAGCAGGGUCAAAUAAUAAUCACAGUGGUUGUAGAGGUUGCAACAGGUCAGUACAUCAGGAGUAAAUGUCACUUGGCUUUUCAUAGCUGGGCAUUUAGAGGUUGAAAUAGCAGGUGCGGUAGAGAGAGUUGAAAACAGCAGGUCUGGGACAAGGUAGAACGUCCGGUGAACAGGUCAGGGUUCCAUAGCCGCAGGCAGAAGAGUGGAAACUGGAGCAGCAGCACGACCAGGUGGACUCGGGACAGCAAGGAGUCAUCAGGCCAGGUAGUCCUGAGGCAUGGUCCUAGGGCUCAGGUCCUCCGGGAUAUGAGAGAGAGAGAGAGAGAGAGAGCGAACGAACGAACGAACAUAGACUGUUGCAGCAUAGAUACUGGAGGCUGAGACUGGGGGGGGUCGGGAGACACUGUGGCCCCGUCCGACGAUACCCCCGAACAGGGCCGAGUACAGCCCACAAAGAUCUCCUCCACUGCACGAGCCCGAGGGGCCAACAAACCGGACAGGAAGAUCACGUCAGUGACUCAACCCACUCAAGUGAUGCACCCCUCCUAGGGACGGCAUGGAAAGCAACAGUAAGCCAGUGACUAAGCCCCCGUAAUAGGGUCAGAGGCAGAGAAUCCCAAUGGAGAGUCAGGAACCGGCCAGGCAGAGACAGCAAGGGUGGUUUGCUGCUCCUGUGCCUUUCUGUUCACCUUCGCACACCUGGGCCAGACUACACUCAAUCAUAGGACCUUCUGAAGAGAUGAGUCUUCAGUAAAUACUUAAAAGUCAAGACAAAGUCUGUGUCUCUCACAUGGCUAGGCAGACCAUUCCAUAAAAAUUGAGCUCUAUAGGAGAAAGCCCUGCCUCCAGCUGUUUGCUUAGAAAUUCUAGGGACAAUAAGGAGGCCUGCGUCUUGUGACCGUAGUGUACGUGUAGGUAUGUACGGCAGGACCAAAUCGGAGAGAUGGGUAGGAGCAAGCCCAUGUAAUGCUUUGUAAGUUAGCAGUAAAACCUUGAAAUCCAGGCUAGCACUGGAGGAAUAUGAUCAAAUUGUUUGGUUCUAGUCAAGAUUGUAGCAGUUGUGUUUAGCACUAACUGAAGUUUAUUUAGUGCUUUAUCCAGGUAGCCGGAGAGUCAAGCAUUGCAGUAGUCUAAUCUUGAAGUGACUAAAGCAUGGAUUAGCUUUUCUGCAUCAUUUUUGGACAAAAAGUUUCUGAUUUUUGCAAUGUUAUGAAGAUGGAAAAAAGCUGUCCUUGAAAUAUUCUUGAUACGUUUGUCAAAAGAGAGAUCAGGGUCCAGAGUAACGCUGAGGUCUACAAGCGUCAAGAUUAAUUGUCAGCUCCAACAGAAGAUCCCUUUGUUUCUUGGGACCUAGAACUAGCAUCUAGUUUUGUCCGAGUUUAAAAGUAAGACAUUUGCCGCCAUCCACUUCCUUAUGUCUGAAACACAGGCUUCCAGGGUAGGCAAUUUUGGGGCUUCACCAUGUUUCAUCGAAAUGUACAGCUGUGUGUCAUCCACAUAGCAAUGAAAGUUAACAUUGUGUUUCCGAAUGACGUCACCAAGAGGUAAAAUAUAUAGUGAAAACAAUAGUGGUCCUAAAACGGAACCUUGAGGAACACCAAAACUGACAAUUGAUUUGUCAGAGGACAAACCAUCCACAGAGACAAACUGAUAUCUUUCCGACAGAUAAGAUCUAAACCAGGCAAUAACUUGUCCGUGUAGACCAAUUAAGGUUUCCAAUCUCUCCAAAAGAAUGUGGUGAUCGAUGGUGUCAAAAGCAGCACUAAGGUCUAGGAGCAAGAGGACAGAUGCAGAGCGUUGGUCUGACGCCAUUAAAAGGUAAUUUACCACCUUCACGAGUGCGGUCUCAGUGCUAUGAUGGGGUCUAAAACCAGACUGAAGCGUUUCGUAUACAUUUUUUGUCAGUAGGCAGUAAGUUGGAAGGCAGUAAGUUGCUGCACAACAGCUUUUUCAAUUUUUGGGGGGAGGAAUGGGAGAUUCGAUAAAGGACGAUAGUUUCUUACAUUUUCUGGGUCAAGGUUUGGCUUUUUCAAGAGAGGCUUUAUUACUGUCACUUUUAGUGAGUUUGGUACACAUACAGUGGAUAGGGAGCCAUUUAUUAUGUUCAACAUAGGAGGGCCAAGCACAGGAAAUAGCUAUUUCAGUAGUUUAGUUGGAAUAGGGUCCAGUAUGCAGCUUGAAGGUUUAGAGGCCAUGACUAUUUUCAUGAAUGUGUCAAGAGAUAUAGGAUUUAAAAAUACUUGAGUGUCUCCAUUGAUCCUAGGUCCUGGCAGUUUCGUGCAGACUCAGGACAGCUGAGCUUUGGAGAAAUACACAGAUUCAAAGAGGAGUCUGUAAUUUGCUUUCUAAUGAUCAAGAUCUUUUCGUCGAAGUUCAUGAAUUCAUCACUGCUGAAGUGAAAGGCAUCCUCUCUUGGGGAAUGCUGCUUUUUAGUUAGCUUUGCGACAGUAUCAAAUAGACAUUUUAUGAUUGUUCUUAUUGUCCUCAAUUAGGUUGGAAAAAUAGGAUAAUCGAGCUGCAGUGAGGGCUCUUCGAUAUUGCUCUGUACUUUCUUUCCAAGCAAGUAGGAAGACUUCCAGUUUGGUGGAGCGCCAUUUCCGUUCCAAUUUUCUGGAGGCUUGCUUCAGGGCUCAGGUAUUUUCUGUAUACCAGGGAGCUAGUUUCUUGUGACAAAUGUUUUUUGUUUUUAGGGGUGCGACUGCAUCUAGGGUAUUACGCAAAGUUAAAUUUAGAUCCUCAGUUAGGUCGUUAACUGAUUUUUGUACUCUGACGUCCUUGAGUAGGUGGAGGGAGUCUGGAAGGGCCUCUAGGAAUCUUUGGGUUGUCCGAGAAUUUAUAGCACGGCUUUUGAUGGUCCUUGGUUGGGGUCUGAGCAGAUUAUUUAUUGCGAUUGCAAACGUAAUUUUACAUUUACAUUUAAGUCAUUUAGCAGACGCUCUUAUCCAGAGCGACUUACAAAUUGGUGCAUUCAACUUAGGAUAGCCAGUGGGACAACCACCCAAUUUUUUUCCAGGGUUAUGAGAUAUAUAUUUUUUUAGAUCCACAAUAUUUAUUUCACGGGACAAAACUAGAUCCAGGGUAUGACUGUGGCAAUGAGUAGGUCCGGAGACAUGUUGGACAAAACCCACUGAGACAAUGAUGGCUCCGAAAGCGAAAGAGUGGGUCUGUGGACUUUUCCAUGAAUAUUAUCUGCCAUGACUACAAGGUCCGAUAGGAAUUCAAGGAACUCAGUGAGGAACUCUAUACGGCCCAGGAGGCCUGUAAACAGUAGCUAUAAAAAGUGAUUGAGUAGGCUGCAUAGAUUUCAUUACUAGAAGCUCAAAAGAUGAAAACGCUGUCAUUUUGGGGGGGGGGGUAAAUUGACAUCUGCUAUCGUAAAUCUCCGCCUUUGCGGGAUGCGCGGGGGAUAUGGUCACUAGUGUAACCAGGAGGAGAGGCCUCAUUUAACACAGUAAAUUCAUCAGGCUUAAGCCAUGUUUCAGUCUGGCCAAUCACAUCAAGAUUAUGAUCAGUGAUUAGUUCAUUGACCAUAACUUCCUUGGAAGUGAGGGAUCUAACAUUAAGUAGCCCUAUUUUGAGAUGUGAGAUAUCACAAUCUCUUUCAAUAAUGACAGGAAUGGAGGAGGUCUUUAUUCCAGUGAGAUUGCUAAGGCGAACACCACCAUGUUUAGUUUUGCUCAACCUAGAUCGAGGCACAGACAUGGUCUCAAUGGGGAUAGCUGAGCUGACUAUACAUAGUGGACCUUCGAGAAAGUUUGAGGGAUAACUUUGCUGCAGUGCUUCCUCUCAAGGUUACAGCUAAACUGAUCUCCCAUGGGCAGAUUCUGCGUGUAGACUGAAGAAUCUGCCGGGACUGAAUGGGAUGCGUGAGAUAACGAGCUACAUUAGUUCAGUUUUGGGGGUUUUCAUCACUGGUUAUUUGGACGUAUCAGGAUUGGGCGAAGGCGGUGCUUCUACUGCUUUGCCUCGAGUGCUUCGCGCAUGUGCCCACACGGAUCGGAAAGGGGGGGGGGGGGGGGGGGGGGGGCUUUUGCCGGAACUAUCUAUUUCUAACACGUAUGAACACAGAAGUUGAUCACCCAGCAGACCAAAUUACACUCGAUUUUACUUCCGGGUUAACAGAUAUUACAGCUAAACUAAACCAUAUUAUGAACUGGAGUUCUUCUUCUACAAUCAAGAGAGACGUCAUAUAGCCUACCAGCUCCGGCACACAUUUUGAUGGUGUGUCUUUCUGUCCAAAAUAGUGUCGGCUACUUGAAUAGUUUCACUAUCCUAUCAAAUAUUCUAAGGAAACAUUUCAAAUUUUUUAUAUUUUAUAUGGUAGUGAUCAUGUAUUAGAUUGAGCAUUGAGUUUUCUUUUGUUUCCUUCCUCCACUAUAGACCUAGCUAGCUCAUCUUCACUAAAUUAUGCCAAUUCAUGAUUGUCACGUUUUCCCUUCACUAAUUAAACGUACAAAAUUAAACAUUUUAAUCUGCUUUAACAAGUCUAUCGGUUUCAUAGUGUUUCUGACAGCAUUUUCCUACUGCGAAGAGGGAAGUAAGAAUUGCCAACUGGCGAGGCAGAAUGUGUUAUAUGCUAUUUAAUGAGAAGACAUAUGCCUAAUUAAAAGCUGUCAAAGAAAUGGAGGUGGCAUCCAGACAUGUUAUCUCUCUCUUUUCACACUGAAAAGUGAAUCAUCACUACGAUUGGUUGCUUUUCUAUUAGCUAAAUGUUUUAGAUGAAUUGUGACAUGAAUUGUCUUUGUUAUCCAGGUCAAACGAUGUGCCACUCUUCUCUUGUCUGUCUGUCCGUUCGCCUUUCCUGUCUCUCUUUUACAUGUGCCUGUUGCUAAGUGUCUAUGUCUGUGUCUUAUGUCUAUAUCUGUGUCUUGUUCAUGACUCUGUCUAUUGGCCUGUCUAUGUCUGUCUGGUGUCUGCGAGAGUCGGCCAGUCAGCUAGCAGAGUCAGUCUCCAGGUCCUCAUUACUACUUCCUCUCCCAUGCCAGGGGACCUGCACCCCCAACUCCCCAAUCCCUUCCCUGCUAGUGGACCUGGGGGUCUGGACAUCUGCUCAGCUCCUCUCUACUGGGCUCCUGUUACCCUGUAUCCUCCGGCCACCCAGAUAGAGCUGGUAAAACCACCAGCGGCACGGCUUAUAGACCUAACACAGAACACAACCAUUACAUAGAUUACACAGAACAGAACCAUUAUGUACACUGAGUGUACAGAACAUUAGGAACACCUUCCUAAUAUUGAGUUGCACCCCCUUUUGCCCUCAGUACAGCCUCAAUUCGUGGGGCAUGGACUCUACAAGGUGUCGAAAGCGUUCCACAGGGAUGCCGGCCCAUGUCGACUCCAAUACUUCCCACAGUUGUGUCAAGUUGGCUGAAUGUCUUUUGGGUAGUGGAGUAUUCUUGAUACACAGGGCAAACUGUUGAUCGUAAAAAACCCAGCAGUGUUGUAGUUCUUGACCCACUCAAACCGUUGCUCUUGGCACCUACUACCAUAUCCCAUUCAAAGGCACUUACUGUAAAUCUUUUGUCUUGCCCAUUCACCCUCUGAAUGGCACACAAACACAAUCCAUGUCUCAAUUGUCAUCCUUCUUUAACCUGUCUCCUCCCCUUCAUCUAUACUGAUUGAAGUGUAUUUAAUAGGUGACAUCAAUAAGGGAUCAUAGCUUUCACCUGGAUUCACCAUUCUAUGUAAUGUAAAGAGCAGGUGUUCCUACUGUUUUGUACACUCAGUGUAUAUUUGUUCAGGGGAAAGUGUGACCUGUUCCGUUAGGAUCUAUUUGUCGUUUAGAUCAGUGGUCUUGAUUAACUUCUGACGUUGCUUUGUAGGCAUAUCUUCAAACUCUGUGAGCGUAAUUUAUGUCCAUGUCAGUGUCUGUUUAGUAGUCUAUGUUCUGUAGAUCAACUUGUGUUUAAAAGCAUUCGCUUAAAGCUCCCAUGCAGUCUUUGUGAUUUAUGUUUUUAAAUCAUCACUUUGUGUGUUUAUUUAAAAUAACUCCAAAAUAUAUUUGUAAUAAUUUAUUUCCCUGAGCCUCCUUUGGUCCAGUCUGUGUGGGCGUUAGGAAAGAAAUGUGAAGAUAUUUACAUACACAGCCCUGAUUGGCUGAUAGGAUGGUCCAGAGCCCACCCCCUUACCCAGAUUAACAGUCAUUGAUCUAUUAUAAUCAAAUCACAUUGUGACGUCAUGAUGUUGGCCAAAAGUUCCAUCCCGUCUGAAGAGGCUGAAAUUCCAGGAUUUUUUUCCCAAACAGCUCUUACACAAAAAUGGCAUUAUCAUCAAUUGCAGAGUGUUAUUUCGACCUCAUAGUGUGGAAAUAUCAUUCGAAAAAAUAUAGGAAAAUCACAUUUAAACAAUGCACCUGAAAGUCUAAUGCAACAUGAACUCAUCAACUCAUUGCGUUAUUUGACAAUAGACAAGGGACGUUUGUGUUUAUUUUCCAAACAAAGGGAGUGCGUUAGGACAAAUGAUAGAUUAGUGGUUUCUUUUUUUCUAACCCACUAGGAAUCUAUCAGGCACAGUAACCUGAUGACUGCUGUAGCCAAGCCAUGAUUCCUUUCAUCAACACAUGCUGAAGCGCCCCUUUAACUGCUUGGACAUUAGCUUCAAACUGCCCUUACAGCUCCUCCACAUAAUAGCUGGUUUGGGCUGCUUUUUAAUCAAACCUCCUCCCAAAAACUGUGAUGAUUCAUCGAAAAAAAAGGCAUGCAGGCAGACAGCCCCCUUACCUCUCCUUCCCUUUCCUCCUACCCCCCAGUCCAAAUCCCAUAAAGCUGUCCUUUCAAAGUCCUGUGUGUGUCUGUCCGUCCGUCUGUGUGUCCUGUGUGUGAUUUUUUGGCUUGCUCCGCUUAGGGCCGUCUCACAAUUAAGGCUGUGUGGCCCAAAUAGGAGACACAAAACAGCUGGCACCUUCUCAAGCCUUCCAUCAUGCUGCCUGCUCUCUUUCCUCUUCAUCUCUAUCUCUCUUUCCCUCUCUCUCUUACGCACUCUCUUUCUUCUCUUCCCCUUCUCUCUCUUUUGUUCCCCUCCCCACUCUCUCUCUCUUAUCCAUCUCUCUCUCUCUCAUCCUUUGUUUAAUGUCUUUAUCUAUCGCCUCUAUUCAUUCACCCGGCUGCAUGACCGUCGGCUAGUAUGUUUAAUGUUGUUUUGAAAGGGAACAGCUCCAGCCACUAAUUGACCAAUUAUAGCACAGCCAGAUGACAUCAUUUUAAGCAUUUUAAAAGGUUUUUGUUAUGGAACUGGAGGGAACACAAUACAUUGUUCUAUUUGAAUUAAUAGGGAUGUGUGUGGGUCAAUUUCCCUCCUAUCAUUGUCAAACUUGUUUUAAUUUAGCUUUGCAAUACUGCAUUCUUAGCUAAAUCUAUUUGCAAAGAAAAGGUAGUGUUUAUGAUUAUUGACAUGGAACCAUUGCAUUUCUUUUAGAUGAUCUUAAUUUCCCCACUUUUGAGCAUUCUUCUAUGUUCACUCAUUCAUCCUGAUAACCUGUUGGUAUUGAUCCAAGCACUGUGCUUGGCUCUCCACAUACCCACCUGAAAACAGUCUAGUAUAUGUUACAAAGUAUUUUCUUCUGCCUGUUAACAGCACAGAGAUGAAUUCCUUUGUAAAUGUGAGGUGAAGGAAAGUGUUGGGAUGAGUCUAGGAGAUCAACCAGACAGACAGCAGACAAGUGUUAGUGAUUCUCAGAGGGCUUUUAACUCAGCACACUUCUGAAAGGCAUCUUGGGAGAUUCAUAAUGGCAUGCAUAAUUCAGUAGCUCUCAGACUUUGCCAAUAGUGCUGUGUUUAUUAGGGUGUGUUGGUGUUAGCGCUGGGACGAUAAACCUAAGAUUGUCGACACCGACUGAACCGACCACUUAUCGUGGACAUUUUGCUGAAAUUGUUCAUUACGAUAAGAAGCCUAUACUGGAGAAAUGUGAAGUUUCAAAUGAAAGAAGCCUGCUAAUAUGGGUGAUUGUUAAUGGAACAAUUGAUAGCUACAACAUUCAAAGUAAUAGUAGUAGCCUAGUUUUAAGGUAAUAUAAAAAAAAUGAUAACUGGUUCACAUUAAUGUUUUAUAAACGUAUCUUUCUAGUUAUUGUUAUCGUGAUAAUUCAGUCAAUAUAUCGUGAUAUGGAUUUCGUCCAGAUCGCCCAGCCACCUGUGUGCGUGACUAGGAAGUUGUGAAGAUCAACUUGUCUUUACUGCUUUAAGUCUGAUGCUGUUUCUGGAUUUAGAGGACAUUAUUACUAUUUACUCUGCUGUAUCCACUGCUGAAUGACUCACUCAAUAGCAUUUUAUCUGCUCAUAUGCAGGUGUUGUCUAACUCUUCCUGCAGUGUUCAGGGAUGAAUAAAUAUGUCUGUAGCCAUUGCCAAAUAACUCUCUGUUUCUAUGUGUUGCCUCUGAUGCUAACUUUUGCAACAGUAGUGAAUGAGUCUUAACUGUGUUGGUGUGUGUGUGUUCAGAUCCAGGUGUACAGCCUAGAGACGGGCCAGUCGGAGAUGUCUGUGGGGAACUCAGCGGGAGACUUCUCCUGUGUCAACCUGAGAGACAGCCCUCCUCACAUGCUCGUCUGUGGAAACAAAGAUAGGAGGUAAGGGACUGUAUGUGUCACCACACCAGCUGCGUACACACACACACACACACACACACACACACACACACACACACUAUGGUGUUAAAAUCUGUCUCACAUGCUUUUGUCUGACAAGUUUGAGCACCACCGUAGUGACUGUGGCUCCCUUGGGUUUACCUUCCAGGUUGAAGUCAGAUACAAUAUCUGUUUAUCACAACACAAUAUUCCUUAACACACAAUUACAACUGAUUAGGAAUAAUGGAACGUGGAGGUAGAAAUCACAGCGUACUUAUAGGGAGGGGGAUCAGGUGUUUGCAAAGUUGUGAAAAGAAAAGCAAAUUUUCACACCUCCACUGGGAGGGAGGGAGGGAGAGAGGGAGAGAGGGAGAGAGAGACUAAUUAAUGAUUAGAAGUGAAAUACUGGACUCUGUGGAGAGGGAGGCAGCGAGCGUCAGUCGGGGUGGACUGUGUGUUUUCUGCAGCCAGCCCAUCACCUGGGGGUAUUUGUGAGGGAGACAGCGGGGUGGCAGAUGAUGGCAGCCUCCACACUGCUGUCCAGUGGCCUCGCCAUUCAGCUGCUGUACACACACACGCCGCAUCUGCAAUCUGGCCGUCAGUAUGGGGAAAGAAAGACACAAAAGAGAGUCAUUCUCAUCUGCACUUGUCCCUGACAGCGGGGCAGGAGUUGGCAGGUGAAAGCAGAGCACUUUUGGCAGAAUCCUUACAAAUCAAACUCUUUCACCAAAUUCAUCAGGCCUUAAGUAGACAGCCAAAAGCGAGGAAAGCAUGUGCAGCACUACAUCUCGUUGGGCACAGCCAUUCUCGUAAGGUACGACCCCCACCUGCAAGAAUAACAGACAAAGUAGGAGACUAUUACCUUUGUCCCUCUGAUUAAGUAGUCUUGUAUGUAGUCAGUCGGAGGCCAACUUGGCUGUGACCGUUUUGCCUUGUCUGAUGUGCUGUGGGGCGCGAGGGACAAAGGGUCACGAGGGAGAUGAGAAGGCAGGCAGCAGGUCUGCUCUGUCUGUCCAUUAGGAUGGCCAAAGGCCAGGGCCUAAUGCGUCUCUUCCUCCUCUCCAAAUUAGUUGCUCUCUCUCACUCUCAUUCUGGAGUUUCCAGGGAGCAAACGAGGGUCCUGAUAAGGCCGGGGCUGUCUGGAAUACUGCCUGAUCAUAAUUGCCUGGGCCACAUCUGAACAAACAGGAAGGAUUUUGAGGACUGGGGAGGGAGAGAGGAAGGGAUGGAGGGCGGAAUGGAGAGAGAGCCAGGGUCGUGCCCAGUGGUCCUGUGCCCAUAGGAAAUAACAAACCACAACCCUAAAACAAAGAAAAAUAUCCUGUCUGCUUUGUCUCCUCUAUUAGGCUUCAUUUCAUUGAAUCAAGUGUAAUCUCAAAUGCAUUCUGUAGUAAAACGUUCAAUAGUUGCCAGUCUAGUUUUAAACGUACCUUUAUUGAGCUCAACUGAUGUUAAAGGUCCAAUGCAGCUAUUAUCUCAAUAUCAAAUCAUUUGUGGGUAACAAUGAAACAACAAUAAAGCACCUUACUGUUUUCAAUUAAAAUGUUGAGUAAGAAACAAAAAUUGCUUCUUAGCGAAGGGUCAAUUGCCCUUUGCUAAGCCCUGCCCCCUUUGGUUACUGUUGCAACCUCAGACAACAUUUUCCUGGGAAGCUCCAUUCCCAAUUCAAACUACUGGAGAAAAACAAACUCACAACGAUCUCAAACUGUGUUUUUAAUACACAAUCAAAUUAAACACAGACUACCCCUUGCUAAUCAGGAGACUACCAGGUAUGUUGUGGUGGACUGUCAUUACAAUUGCUUCACGGGAACCUGGUACAAUGACGUCUGUAGUGUGGCUAGCCACUGGAUGGCUGGAUGCACUGUCAUGCAGUCAAAGCUACUUUUGGAGCUAACUAGUUCUCUCAAGUCGUAUCCUGAUGUCGACAGCAGAUGAUAGUCCUAUUCAUAAUAUAGCAAACUUAGCUAGCUAACAUACAUUUAGAGAAAACAAGUUAUAUUAACUGGCUGGCUAGCUAGCGUUAAUAACGUUUGGUGGUCAAAGAGACUGAGCGCUAACUAACCAGCUGAGCUAGCAAACAAUGUAACAAAAGUAUAAUUUCAGAUUUGAAAAAUACUCCAACAGGCUCUGCAUUUCAGGAAUCACAGUAGCAAGUACCCCAGGUACACUGUUUAAACAAUUUAGCUAUUUAAACAAUUUAAGCAAUUUUUUUUAUGAAAACUCUCAGUUUUGCCAUAGCUCUCAUUGGCUUUCAUGCAUUUGAAACGUGAGCGUGUCGGACUCGACGACAGUUGCUAUCCAUUGGAUCGCUGCGAUUGGUUGCCCAAAAUUCUGGGGCGGGGCUUAGCGAAGGGUCAAUUUCUCAAGCAAUCAUUUUGUUAGGACUGUCUGGGAGUAGUCUGAGUGGGGAGGGGAAAACCGAAAAUUUGCUGUUAUUGGCAGAGAGGUUUGGAACUCUAUUUCUUAUUGGUCUAUUAACUAAUUUACCGCCUGGUGAUGUCACCAUGGAAGGCCAAAACUCCAUCCCACCAAAACAGGCUGACAUUUCUGGCACUUUUCAAACAGCUCUUACACUAAAAGGAUAUUAUCAUUUUCACAAUUUCACAGUAUUAUUCCAACCUCAUAGUGUGGAAAUAUGUAUAAAACACAGGACAAUCAUGUUUUUGAAUGCACUGGGCCUUUAAGAUGACAUGUUAAUGUAUUUGAGUGUCUAAGGUUCAAUGUCAUUCUUAAUCUGGAGACUAGUCAGGAUCGAGGGAAAGAUGAACGGAGCAAAGUACAGAGAGAUACUUGAUGAAAACAUGCUCCAGAGCGCUCAGGACCUCAGACUGGGGCGAAGGUUUACUUUCCAAUAGGACAACGACCCUAAGCACACAGCCAAGACAAUGCAGGAGUGGCUUCAGGACAAGUCUCUGAAUGUCCUUGAGUGGCCCAGCCAGAGCCCGGACUUGAACCCGAUCAAACAUCUCUGGAGAUACCUGAAAAUAGCUGUGCAGCGAAGCUCCCCAUCCAACCUUCAUAGCUUGAGAGGAUCUGCAGAAAAGAAUGGGAGAAACUCCCCAAAUACAGGUGUGCCAAGCUUGUAGCGUCAUACCCAAGAAGACUUGAGGCUGCAAUCGCUGCCAAAGGUGCUUCAACAAAGUACUGAGUAAAGGGUCUGAAUACUUAUGUCAAUGUGAUAUUUCAGAAUGUAUAUUUGUUGGUAAUUUCUACCCCCUUUUUCUUCCCAAUUUCGUGAUUACGAUCUUGUCUCAUCGCUGCAACUCCCCAACGGGCUUGGGAGAGGUGAAGGUCGAGUCAUGCGUCUUCCGAAACAUGACCUGCCAAACCGCGCUUCUUAUCACCAGCUCGCUUAACCCGGAAGCCAGCCAAUGUGUCGGAGGAAACACUGUUCAACUGACAACCGAAGUCAGCCUGCAGGCGCCCGGCCCGCCAAACCCUCCCCUAACCCGGACGACGCUGGGCCAAUUGUGUGCCGCCCUAUGGGCGUCCCGGUCACGCCGGGUAAUGACAGCCUGGGAUCAAAUCCCAGGCUGUAGUGACGCUGCAACACUGCGAUACAGUGUCUUAGGCCGCUGCGCCACUCGGGAGGCCCACAGAUGUUUAUUUUUAAUACAUUUGCAAAAAUGUCUAAAACCCUGUUUUUACUUGGUCAUAAUGGGGUAUUGUGUGUAGAUUGAUGAGGGGGAAAAAACAAUUGAAUCAAUUUUAGAAUAAGGCUGUAACAAAACAAAAUGUGGAAAAAAUCAAGGGGUCUGAAUACUUUCCGAAUGCACUGUAUCCAGACAAAGGAACGAUUUCCUGUGUCUGUGAAACUUAUAGUGGCGCUUGCAAUAGCGUAUAUGAAACUAGAGAAUCUAGCGGGUGCAGCAAUACUAUACUGAACAGAAAUAUAAACGCAACAUGCAACAAUUUCAACGAUUUUAUUGAGUUACAGUUCAUAUAAGGAAAUCAGUCAAUUGAAAUAUAUUCAUUAGGCUCUAAUCAAUGGAUUUCACAUGACUGGGCAGGGGCACAGCCAUGGAUGGGCCUCUAAAACGACGUUGGAGGCGGCUUAUGGUAGAGAAAUUAACAUUAAAUUCUCUGGUAACAGCUCUGGUGGACAUUCCUGCAGUCAGCAUGACAACUGCACGCCCCCUCAACUUGAGGCGUCUGUGGCACUGUGUUGUGACACAACUGCACAUUUUAGUGGCCUUUUAUUGUCACAAGGUGCACCCAUGUAAUGAUCAUGCUGUUUAAUCAGCUUCUUGAUAAAUCACAACUGUCAGGUGGAUGGAUUAUCUUGGCAAUGGAGAAAUGCUCACUAACAGGGAUGUAAACAGUGGCAAGUGUGGUCCUCUGUAGCUCAGCUGGUAGAGCACAGCGCUUGUAACGCCAAGGUAGUGGGUUCGAUCCCCGGGACCACCCAUACACAAAAAUGUAUGCACGCAUGACUGUAAGUCGCUUUGGAUAAAAGCGUCUGCUAAAUGGCAUAUUAUUAUUAUUAUUAUUAUUAAACAAAUUUGUGCACAACAUUUUAGAGAAAUACAUUUUUUUUAAAGUGUUUUUUUUAGCUCAUGAAACAUGGGACCAACACUUUACAUGUUGCGUUUUUGUUCAGUAUAGUUUCAUCUCGCUGUCAUAUUCUCAGCUGGAGUUAGAGCUCUCAACAUGAAAAAAUACAAAAUAAUUUCAUAGAAUUAAACUGACCAUUCAUAUAUGAUUUUCAUAUUCUCAUAAUAUUUGUACUAUAUACUUGAGUUUGUCCUCAAAAGUGAGUACACCUGAGCAAUUAUAUAUAUAUAUAUUUUUAUCCCAGAAGGUUGAGUUCCAGACCUUUCUAAAACUAUGCAACCUUACGAGUUAUUGUUUAUGGCCAUCUCAUGAAAAAUGAUUUACGUUUGGGUAUGUCUAUUUCGGCAGAAAUAUAAAUGUUGCACUAUCAUUCAACUGGCUAGUAGAAAACAAGGAUCAUGCUGAUUUUAAUGUGAAGUAUCUUGUCCACUGGCAGCUCAGUGAAGGCCAGGGCUCGCUCCAAACAUUAGAUUUGACUGUCAGAGACUGCCAGACAGUAACUUUUAAUCCCCUUUGCUAAAGCGCGAGUGCCCAUGAAACAACACUACUCAGCAGCCAUGUCCAUGUCUGUGUCUCAAAUGGCACCCUAUUCCCUAUAUAGUGUACUACUUUUGACCAGGACCCAUAGGGCUCUGGUCAAACGUAGUGCACUCUGUAGGGAGUAGGGUGCCAUUUGUGACACAACCCAUGUCUCACCAUAUGUCUUAGUUACAAUGCUAAUGCCCAUUUAGCUAUGCAACCCUGAUUCAUUUAAUUUCUUGAAGCGGAAAUUAAAUCUGCUCACCCCCAAAUAAAUUAAAUUUCGGUAAUGAACUUUUGGAAAGCUUUUUGCAUGAAGUCAUCCUCCGGCUGCUGUGCGGUGGGACCCAAUAAACUAAAGCAGUGAUGGCAACAGAUGGAGCUGGAGGUCCAUGGGGCAUGUGUGGCUCGUCAAACCAGAUCCAAGAAUCCUCCUCUUAGUUUUAUUAAUGCUACAACAGUGCCGUGUUUAAUCAGUUCAAAAAAUCUUCAAUAUUUGUAUCUUUGGUUCUGUGAGUGAAUGAGUGUUAUUGGUGGCUAAAGUAAUUAAACUUAUGUUUAUAAGUGGUCUAAAGUAGAUGAAGCAGAUUAAAUCCCCUCAAUUCCACCUGGUGUUGGUGUUAUUAUAUUUUUUUUGGGGGGGGGGGGGGGGGUAGAUCAGCUUAAUAUUGCAGAUAGAUUGUAACUUCUAUCAAUGUAAUUGUCUGCAUCACUUCCAAUCCCCCAUGUUUUUUAUAUAUAUACUCCCCUUUAUUACUUUUCAACCCCGCCAUCCUUUCCCUACUUGGGGUAAAUUAGUGAACAACAAUGCCCAGGCCUCUACUUCCAGCCUAUACUUACUAUCUACACCUUAUGGACACAGUCGAUUUUACAAUAAUUCUAUUUGUAUUUUUUAUUUAAAUUUUUUUUGCUCCUGAACUUCUUCUACUCUCAACCUCUCUGUUCAUUUUCAUGAUGUCCAUCCGGUUUGCUUCUAUAUGCCAUAUCUUUCUAACUGUGCUCUUUCCCAAAAGCUCCCAACAUACAACCAUAUACUUAUUAUGGAUUAGUUAUCUUGUUAUUAUUUGUUGUUAUUUGUUAUUAGUCCCAUCCUUCAACUCCAUUGGAGUUGGUGUUUAUGCCUGUCUUUGUUGGCCUGUGUCUUCUCUGAUCAUCGCUUGUAGGUUCUCUGUUGUUGUUUUUGUAAUGCAUUGUUCUGAGGCACCAAGUUUCCUCUGGUAACCUAGUAAAGAUGUAGCCUGAGUGCUGUUCUGUAGGUGCUAUAAUGCCAACUCCUUGUCACUCAUUGUCAUGCCAUGGCUUGAAAAUGACAGCAAUAGAGGUGGCAAGAGCACAAACAGAUCUGGGACCAGCCUAGUAAAGAUGCAUCCUUUCAUAUCUUCAGUAGUGGAGUGAAUCGACCACCUUUGUCUGAUCUACUUCCUGCAACAUCACUUCCUGAGAUGAAAUGACUACUUGCUUUCGCUGUGUUCUGUUUCAGGGUGAGGGUGUUUGACCUGCGCACCGGCUCCUCUGUGACAUCACUGUAUGCCCACCACAUGGGCGUGACCUCCGUGCAGGCAGACGAUUGGAAGAUCGUGAGUGGCGGAGGUGAGGGAUUGGUCUGCGUCUGGGAGAUGAGGAUGGGAGCUAAACUGUGGGAGAUGCACAACAGGUGGGACAGCAGAGUUAUUUCUAUUGGUUGUUCAUACAUCUAUUUGUUUGUGCCACAAAAGGAAGGUAGAAUACUUACAUGUGCUAUUCUGUACUUGAAAUAUCCAAAUUUAAGUGUCUUGCCAUUCCUGUCACUUGCAAGUAUGCAUUGCUAAAAUACUCAGCAAUACGCAACAUUUACCUAUCAGGCUGACAUUGGCAGCAAACCAAACAGGCGCAUCAGUAUUGAUUGAUCCCUUUUCAGCUCCUUAGCGAAUGUGUUUGGUGUUCUUUUUCUGUUUUGUGUGUGUGUGUGAGAAAUCAAAUUGUUAAUAAUUAAAAAUGGUGUUUGUUGUUUCUCCCUCCUGUCUGUUUGCAGGCACCCAGUCAGACAUGUGAGAUUCAACACUAGCACCCUGGUGACAGCCAACGUCCCAGACGAGAAGUCUCCACGAGGGGCCUGCAUCACAGAUGACGACCUCACAGCCCACCGCAGGUCCGUAAUAACACUACCCCAAAUUCUCAUUUAUACAUUUAGAGUUUAGCAAGAUACUUGUUUAUUCUACUGAAGAUUCCAGAUUACACAGAGAGCAGUGUCUCCAUAGAUGUGCCGUCAGAAAGUAUUCACACCCCUUGACUUUUUCCACAUUUGUGUUACAAGGUGAGAUUAAAAUGGAUUUCAUGUAAAAAAAAAUGUGUCAACACUGUACACAAAAUACUCUGUCAAAGUAGAAAAAUGCUAACAUUUGUAAAACAUUAAUGAAAAAUAAAACUAAUAUAUCUUGAUUACGUAAGUAUUCAACUCCCUGAUUCAAUACAUGUUAGGAUCACCUUUGGCAGCAAUUACAGCUGUAAGUCUUUCUGGGUAAGUCUCUAAGAGCUUUGCACACCUGGAUUGUACAAUAUUUGCAUUAUUAUAAUUCUUCAAGCUCUUUCAAGUUGGUUGUUGAUCAUUGCUAGACAGACAUUUUCAAGUCUUGCCAUAAAUGUACAGGCGAUUUCAGUCAAAACUGUAACUAGACCACUUAGGAACAUUCAAUGUCAUCUUGGUAAGCAACUCCAGUCUAUAUUUGGCCUUGUGUUUUAGGUUAUUGUCCUGCUGAAAGGUGAAUUUGUCUCCCAGUGUCUGUUGAAAAGCGGACUGAACCAGGUUUUCCUCUAGGAUUUUGCCUGUGCUUAGCUCUAUUCCGUUUAUUUUUAUCCCCAAAAACGCCAUAGUCCUUGCCGAUGGCAAGCAUACCCAUAACAUGAUGCAGUCACCACCAGGCUUGAAAAUAUGAAGAGUGGUACUCAGUGAUAUGUUGUUUUGGAUUUGCCCCAAACAUAAAGCUUUGUAUUCAGGACAUUAAGUUAAUUUCUUUGCCAAAUUUUUUGCAGUUUUACUUUAGUACCUUAUUACCUCAUUUAAGGUAGUAUUGUGGAGUAACUACAAUGUUGUUGAUCCAUCCUCAGUGUUCUCCUAUCACAGCCAUUAAACUCUGUAACUGUUUUAAAGUCACCAUUGGCCUCAUGGUGAAAUCCCUGAGUGGUUACCGUCCUCUCCGGCAACUGAGAAAGGAAGGACACCUGUAUCUUUGUAGUGACUGGGUGUAUUGAUACACCAUCCAAAGUGUAAUUAAUAUCUUCACCAUGCUCAAAGGGAUAUUCAAUGUCAGCUAUUAUUUAAUUUUUUUCCCCCUUCUUUGCAAGGCAUUGGAAAACCUCCCUGGUCUUUGGGGUUGAAUCUGUGUUUGAAAUUCACUUCUCGACUGAAGGACCUUACAGAUAAUUGUAUGUGUGGGGUACAGAGAUGAGGUAGUCGUUCAACUUAUUAUGUGAGUUGUUAAACACAUUUUUACUCCUGAACUUAUUUAGGCUUAUCGUAGGGGUUGAAUACUUAUUGACUCAAGACAUUUCAGCUUUUCUUUUUUAAUGAAUGUAGAUUUUUGUUAAACAAUUCCACUUUGACAUUAUGGGGUAUUGUGUAUGUGUAGGCCAGUGACACAAAAUCUUAAUUUAAUCCAUUUUAAAUUCAGGCUGUAACACAACAAAAUGUGGAAAUAGUCCAGGGGUGUGAAUACUUUCUGAAGGCACUGUACAUUCUAUUUAAUUCUAUGAGAGUCUGUUUGUUGUUGUUUUGUUGUUUAACUCCCCUAAUUCUUGUGUGUCCACAUUACAGACACAGGGGAGUGAUUUGCCACUAUGACUUCUCAGAGGACUCCACCUCCCAGGACCAUGUUCUGCCCAUCUGCAGGUCCAACUAUGUGGAGUCAUCUGGCUACAACUACAACAUCGGCCUGGCUGUGCCCUAUGACAUCCUGUCUGGCUCUCACCCCUCCCACUGACCCUUACCACCAGCCCUUCAGAACCCUACUACUAGUACCACCAGCCCUGCAGACCCCUUCCACCAGCCCUUCAGACCCCUACCACCAGCCCUUCAGACCCCUACCACCAGCCCUUCAGACCCCUACCACCAGCCCUUCAGACCCCUACCACCAGCCCUGCAUGCAGACCCCUACCACCAGCCCUGCAUGCAGACCCCUACCACCACCAGCCCUGAAUGCAGACCCCUUCCACCACCAGCCCUGCAGACCCCUACCACCAGCCCUUCAGACCCCUACCACCAGCCCUGCAUGCAGACCCCUACCACCAGCCCUUCAGACCCCUACCACCAGCCCUGCAUGCAGACCCCUACCACCAGCCCUGCAUGCAGACCCCUACCACCAGCCCUUCAGACCCCUACCACCAGCCCUGCAUGCAGACCCCUACCACCACCAGCCCUGCUGACCCCUACCACCAGCCCCGUAGACAGUAUGUACAAAGCAAAUCAGCUUUUAUAUAUCCGUUAG